GAAGGGGCGGAGUUCGAGGCCGACGAGCGAAGAGAGAGGGCGUUUCCGGAGCACGCGCCCGCCGGGCGGGGGCCGGUGACGUCGAGCACGGGAACGAGCGCGCGCCCCCAGGGCUCGCUCCCUGCUCCCGCUCCUCCUCCUCCUCGCCACCCCCCCUCCCCGCCCGUGCCGAGGUCUGGGCCGGGUCCGGCGGCGGAGGGCCCUAGGAGGAGCCCCGAGCAGGGCAUCGGCCGCCUCUGCAGCGCUGCCCUCUUCCACCUUGGCAUGUGUUGGGCAGCAUCUUGCAGCUCCCAAAGGGAUGGAGCCCUGCCCCCAAAGGCAGGGGUGUGGUCCCUGAGGCCUUGGGCUGCCACCUGCUAGCCUGACCUUCCUCCCUUUCUGAUUCAUCCUCUGCCUGAGGAGAUGGAAGAAAAAGAGAGAUGUGGUCCAGCCCCCUCGACACUCUUCAGUUAAAGUUCACUUGUUCUCCCAAGCGAGGAAGAAGGGGACGAUGGUCCUGGGUCUUGGACAUUUUUUGGGUAUCCAGCACUUUAGCAGUAGAGAUAAUGGCAAAAUAAACUGAGGCAUAAAGAGUUGUUUUUCUACUGAAAACAGGAUUUUUUGGAGGUUUUUGUUACUGCUGUUUCCAGGCUCUACUCUGAGGUAAAUCAUGGCCCCUAGAGACUGAGGUGAGCCCCACCUAUCGCAGAAAGACCCAGGAGGCUACAUUCUUCCUCGGAGGGGAGGGGUGGGGAGCUUUGGAGGCCACCUCUUUCUGGAAAAUAAAAACAUGAGUUGCAUGCCAUGGAGAGGUGACAAGACCAAAUCAGAGUCAUUGGAAUUGCCCCAGCCAGCGCCCCCCCAGAUCUACCAUGAGAAGCAGCGUCGGGAGCUGUGCGCCCUCCACGCACUCAACAAUGUCUUCCAAGACAGCAAUGCUUUCACCCGGGAAACACUGCAGGAGAUUUUCCAGAGGCUGUCUCCCAACACCAUGGUGACGCCCCACAAAAAGAGCAUGCUGGGAAAUGGGAACUACGACGUGAAUGUCAUCAUGGCGGCCCUUCAGACCAAAGGCUAUGAAGCGGUUUGGUGGGACAAGCGAAGGGACGUCAGUGUCAUUGCCCUCUCUAACGUCAUGGGCUUCAUCAUGAAUCUGCCCUCCAGCCUCUGCUGGGGCCCGCUGAAGCUUCCGCUCAAAAGGCAGCACUGGAUCUGUGUCCGAGAGGUGGGGGGCACCUACUACAACCUUGACUCCAAGCUCAAGGUGCCUGAGUGGAUUGGAGGCGAGAGUGAGCUCAGGAAAUUUCUGAAACAUGAGCUGCGAGGAAAGAACUGUGAGCUACUGCUUGUCGUCCCAGAAGAGGUGGAGGCCCACCAGAGCUGGAGGGCAGAUGUCUAAUCCAGCUCGGCCCUUUUCUCCCUCUCCUCCUCCCCGCCUCCCCCUCUUCCUGUCUUGUGGCCUGUCACCAUAGGUCUCUCCCUCUCCUGCCCCCAUAUCUUGUUGAGUUUGUCCUUCCCAGACUUGGCGAUGCAGUAGGUCAGCUGGGAGGAUAACCACUCGUUCCUGGAGAAGGAAAGAAGGGAGGAUAUGGUCCACGUUCCCCAGGGUUCGCUCUCAGAGCAGAGGAGGAGAAAGGAUGGUCUUAGCAGUGACUUUCUCCUUCCUUAGAGAGGUCACACGUUGGACUUCGACACAACCCUUGCUGGAGUUAACCGCCCGCUGCCCCUGAUUUGGAGAUGCUGCCUCCACUUUCCCUUUCCUGUCAGACUUUUGGGUCUGAAGAGACUCAUGAAGCCCAGAUGACUGGCUUGGAGGGCCACAAGCAUAGGGGGUCUCUCAGGAAAUCAUCUUCAUAACCUUACUUAGCAAUGGUACAGCAAGCCGAAUGACUCCAACCCUCAGCCCCACCUCAACUGCGAGUAUAUCUCCAAAGAAAGGGGCCAUCCUGAGCAUUUUUCAAAAGGAAAAUUUCUUUAAAUUGGGCAUUAGUUGAAUUCUGCCAUGUUUAGGAGGGGCAAGGGUAGGGUAGCUGCACACACACUAAAUGAGGGUGUGACCUGGCCUUGGGUGGCUUGUUUUAUGAAGUCUCCACCAUUUCACUACAUUGGGUGGAAGUAGGGGGAGGACGCUGUAGUAGGAAGGGAAGUGGACGUCUUCAGCCGCACCCCCAAGCGUCUCAAGAGAAUGAGCUGAAAACACUCUUUUAUACAGGGAUUCUAAUAGUUGAGGACUGAACAACAUGGAAGGCGUUGGGAGCCAGCAGAAGGACUGGGAAUGGAGGCCGCUGCAAGAGCCAGAACCCUCCAAUUGGGUGGCAGGAGCUUUGUGGGACGUGGCCGUUGACAGGUUAGCUCAGGAAUGACCUUUCUCUGUCAGCCAACAGCCACUUUUCUCUUCUAACUCUGGAAUGUGAAAGGGGCAGAGGGCAGAAGGCAGAGAGGAUGGGGAUUCGGCUCUCCUGACCCUGGUCAUCUGAGCACAGUUGUGGCCACCUUAGAAACAAAGGCACAGAAGUGGCCUGUUUGCCUGUCAUUGAUGACGGUGCUGACGGCUGAGCACCAUGCUGGGCAGACUUCUCUCCAGCAGCAGAACAGGACCAUAGGACAAGCCUGAGCAGGCCUCGCUGGCCUGAGCCAUCAGUAGCUUUCUCCCACCUGUGACUGGAGCGCAUGUUUACACCAGCACUCUUCUGCACACUUACCUACAAUCCAACAAGGCCAUUUUUUAUGCUGAAUGAUGGCGGCCAGAAAGCAGUUCCUGCAUCAUACCCUCCCAACACCUGGUCACGAUGUCUUCUGCACCGUUUUCCACACUAGACUUGCUGCUUGGCCCCUUGAGGAGCUCUUUACCCCUGCAAGAUGACAUUCCAUUCACCACCACCAGCCAGAAGAUCCAGCCAACUUUGGUGGGCCUAUAGGAGGAGCUCUGUCCAUGACAGCAAGCCAUUUCCUGGGAAGGAACCUGCUUAGAUCCAUGCAAAUGGCACAAGAGGCCUCACGCCAAUGGAAUAUGCAAAGACGCUUUACAAACAUUUCAGGGCUGGUUUCUCUGUUCAUAUCCAACUCUGGUGCUCAGGAACAGGGACCCAUGCUGAUGUCCGAGGGCAUGGAGACCCCUAUCCCUACAAGGAAGGGGGUCCCCUGGCCCUAUUGCCCAUCAGUGGGCAACCCUAGGCUGUUUAUUUUUCUUGCUUCCCUUCCUCCCUUUUGUUGGCCUUGUGCUGGGUUUGUUUACAGAGGAUGUAUUUUGUUUAACCAAAUAUUAAAAAAAAAAAAGGAAAACUCUCCACAUAUAAAUCCCAUUACUCGUCUGUCUGCCUGAGUUCUGUAAUUAAGUAUGUAAAAGGAAACAAAAAAAAAUAAACCCUUUUCUUUA